AUGGGUGGUCGCGCGCUUCUCGACCGUCUCAGCAGUACAACGCUGAGCGAGGUCACGAUCGCAGGCGGAGCGGGCUGGCUUCUGCCCGCCCCGCUAGAUGUGGCGCCAUACGCUACAAUAUCUGCUAACGCCACCUGCGGUGAGCGCGGCACGGAAGAGUUUUGCCGAGAGACACCCGGAAAGCGUGGCAUAGCGUGCGACGUGUGCGAAGGUCUCGAAGGGCCGGCUUCGCGACGCCAUCCACCACACCUGGCGAUAGAUGGAGACCCGACUACUUGGUGGCAAAGCCCCUCGCUAGCCGCUGGCGAGGAGUAUAAACAUGUUGAGCUGAUAGCUACGUUGCCAGAUGUAAGAAUUCUUCUACUAUCUAUCUGUAAUUUAGUGCAAUGUGUGUGGGUAGAAUAUACACUAUUUUAUGUGUACAAGUAUGAGAAUUGUGCUCUAUAUUCGAAUACAACAAAUCUCUCAAAACCUCAGAAAUCGUAA